CUCCGUCCUCCUCUAUCCAACAACGAAGAAGGCCACCAUCAUCGUCGUCACCACCACGAUCAACUCUAAACCGACGCCGUUUAGCGCAAAGGAUCCAUUUCUUUCCUCACCUCUUUCACACUCUUCCCGUCUGGACACUUAAUAGACGAAUCCGGUUAUCUUACUUCGUAAGCAAACGUUGAAGUCGUCUCUCACAUAUUUCUUGGAUCAUUUUGUUUGUCUCAUUUUCUGGAGAAAAUUCGAGAUCAUUUGUUCACCGCGUUUAAUUCUUUUCUCUCCUUUACCAAGAAAAAUAUCGAUUUCAUUCUUAAUUGCGCGAAUUAGGGUUUCUCGUGCGGAACUGUGGUUCUGUAUCUGAACAGUGAGGAUCUUGGAUCGAAUCAGAGUUGAGUUUUGGGUAAUGAAUUCCUAUUGGUGGGUUAACUGGGGUUUUCGAGGAAGGUUUUAGGUAAUUAUAGGGUUUUAUGAUUGAAGGAAGACUCUGCUCGUGGGUGAUAAUUUGGUUUCAAUUGGUAUGAUUGGAUUUACCAAUAGUAUUAGGGUUUUGAUUCGAUUUAGAUGCUCCUUUGGAAGGUAAUAUGGGUUUUAUGAUGGUAGAUUGAUAAACAACAUGGUGCGACUUCUAGGACUAAGCCGGGGAGAAUCUGCUGAGUCGCCUAGGGAGAUCACUUCUCGCACUAAUCUCACCAGUGACUCUGGUGAGAACGGUUGGCUCAUCAGGUUCUUUGACUCAGCGUUCUUCUGUGAGUGGAUCGCAGUUAGCUAUCUAUAUAAGCAUGAGCACUCGGGGGUGCGGGAUUACCUAUGUAAUAGAAUGUAUACACUUCCCUUACAGGGAAUUGAGAGCUACUUGUUCCAAAUUUGUUACAUGAUGGUGCACAAGCCAAGCCCCUCUUUGGAUAAGUUUGUGAUAGAUGUGUGUUCCAAGUCGCUUAAGAUAGCACUGAAAGUGCAUUGGUUUCUAAUGGCAGAGCUUGAGGAUUCUGAUGAUAAUGAAGGCAUCAGCAGGAUUCAAGAGAAAUGUCAGAUUGCAGCUACGUUGAUGGGUGAGUGGCCACCACUUGUGCGGCCCCCAAAUGCACAUUCAAGCCCAGGAAGUAAGAACCAAGUUCUGAAUAGAUUAUUGUCCUCGAAACAGCGAUUGUUGUCACUAGCCUCCUCACCACCUUCUCAUAGGUCCUUAUCUUUCUCACCUUCAUCAGGGAGCAGUUUGCAAGAGGAUGUCAAUCAGAUACCUAACGAGGAGAAUAAGAUUUUCAAGAAAUUCAUUCCUAGUCCCAAGGUUAGAGAUGCAUUGCUGUUUAGGAAGUCAGUGGAGAAAGAUGAGGAAGAGAGUGAAAAGGAUGGGUUUUUCAAGAGGCUUUUGAAGGAUAGUAGAGGUGAGGAUGAGGAAUUGACAUCAAGUUCAGAGGGAUUCUUCAAGAGGCUUUUGAGGGAUAGUAAAGGUGAUGGUGAGGAACUGACAUCGAGCUCAGAUGGGUUCUUCAAGAGGCUUUUAAAGGAUAAUAAAGGUGAGGAUGAGGAGUUGACUGCGAGCUCAGAAGGAUUCUUUAAGAGGUUAUUUCGGGACAAGGGUGAAACUGAAGAUAAAGUUUCAAAAUCUGUGGAAGAUGAUGAGAAAGAAGGAUUCUUUAAAAAGUUUUUCAAAGAGAAAUUUGAAGAUAAGAAGGAUGUGAAUGAUAGGAAUGAGGACAACGAAAUAGUAACCUCUGAAGAGAGGUGUUCAAAAUCUGUUGAAGAUGAUGAAAAGGAGGGUUUUUUCAAAAAAAUUUUCAAGGAUAAAUUUGAGGACCGAAAAGAUGGGAAUGAUAAAAUCGAUGAUGGAAAUACAAAUGGCGAGGAAGAGGAAUCUUCAGAUUUUUCGUUGUUCAGAAGAUUAUUUCGAGUGCAUCCAGAGGAUAGUAAAACUACUGGAGCAAAUGAAAAUAUCAGUAAUGGUGGGUUGUUUGAAAGCAGUCCAGGGACGGAGAACUUUUUUCGCAAAUUGUUUAGAGAUCGCGAGCGUUCAGUUGAAGACUCUGAGCUUUUUGGUUUUAAAAAGCAUAAAGAGAAGCGUCCAGGUUCACCUAAACAACAGAAUGAAAACUCAACUACCAAGCCACCACUUCCCAUUAACACUCCAGCACAGUUUCGAAAGGGUGCUUAUCACGAGUCAUUGGAUUUUGUGCAAUCAUUGUGUGAGACAUCCUAUGGAUUGGUGGAUAUUUUUCCAAUUGAAGAUCGCAAGAUUGCUCUCAGAGAGUCGCUGGCGGAGAUCAACUUACAUGUAGCAGAAGCUCAAAGCAGCGGAGGGGUUUGCUUUCCAAUGGGAAAAGGGAUGUAUCGUGUGGUUCACAUUCCAGAAGAGGAAGCUGUUCUUUUGAAUUCUAGGGAAAAGGCACCUUAUCUCAUCUGUGUUGAGGUUUUGAAAAGUGAAAUGCCUGGUAAUGUGAAGGACACAUCUGGUGCUCAAAAGCUUUCUAGAGGAGGAAUUCCACUAGCAAAUGGUGAUGCAUUAUUGCCAAAGCCACCUCCAUGGGCUUAUCCAUUGUGGACUGCUCAGGAGGUAUAUCGUAAUAGUACUGAUCGCAUGUCGUUAUCUACUGCUCAAGCAAUUGACCAGGCAAUGACUCAUAAAUCAGAGGCAAAAGUGAAAUUUGUUAAUGUGAGUCUUUCUGUGGAGAAGCAAUCACCUGGCCGGCCUAAAAACAUUACUACAUCCAAAUCACAAACUGGCGUCCGUUGUGGUUGUCUGGAGCCUACACCAUCAAAGGCUUGUCAACGCACAGAUGGUAUAGCUCAUGGAUCAAGAUCAGCGCAUGGUAAUGAUUUGGAAUGGGUAAGGGUGGUGCUGACAGCUGAACCUGGACUUAGAAUGGGAGAUAUUGAAGAUCAAGGACCAACACGUAGGAAGGAACACCGCCGUGUUCCUAGUACAGUUGCCAUAGAGGAAGUAAAGGCUGCUGCAGCAAAAGGAGAAGCACCUCUGGGACUCCCUUUGAAAGGUGCUGGUCAGGAUUCAUCAGACGUGCAACCAAGGGCUAAUGGUAUAUUGAAAGCUGGUGAUGCAUUAUCUGGUGAACUUUGGGAGGUAAAGAAACAGAGGAUACGAAAAGCUUCAGUUUAUGGAAAGUUACCUGGUUGGGACUUGUGCUCUGUUAUUGUGAAGAGUGGUGAUGAUUGUAGGCAGGAGCAUCUUGCUGUGCAACUUAUCUCUCACUUUUAUGAUAUAUUCCAAGAAGCUGGUCUCCCUCUCUGGUUGCGACCGUACGAAGUCCUAGUUACAUCUUCUUAUACAGCUCUUAUUGAAACAAUUCCAGAUACUGCUUCACUACAUUCUAUUAAAAGCAGAUAUCCUAACAUCUUGAGUUUACGGGACUUCUUCAUUGCUAAGUAUCAAGAAAAUUCUCCUAGCUUUAAGCUUGCCCAGAGAAAUUUUGUGGAGAGUAUGGCUGGAUAUUCCUUGGUAUGCUACCUUCUACAGGUAAAGGAUCGUCAUAAUGGGAACCUCUUACUGGAUGAAGAAGGUCAUAUCAUACACAUUGACUUUGGCUUCAUGCUCUCAAAUUCACCUGGCGGUGUAAAUUUUGAGAGUGCACCAUUUAAAUUAACCCGCGAGCUUCUUGAAGUCAUGGAUUCUGAUGCUGAGGGAAUUCCAAGCGAAUUCUUUGAUUAUUUCAAGGUUUUAUGCAUUCAAGAUUUCUAACAUGUCGAGCAUGCAGAGCGCAUUAUUCUUUCUUGUUGAGAUGUUGCAGGACUCUGGUUUCCCAUGCUUUAAAGGUGGUCCGCGCACAAUACAGAACUUGAGAAAACGGUUCCAUCUAAGUUUGACAGAAGAGCAAUGUGUGUCCUUGGUGCUCUCUCUGAUCAGCAGCAGCUUAGAUGCAUGGCGG